AUGGUGCAAUACGUCUUCACACCAUGGCGCGACCGGCGCGAGCUGCUCGCGGUGCGCAGCCAGUUUUACCCUGAAAAGAACCUUCAUCAUCAACCCAACAGCGGUCCCUUGCUUCGUGACGGAAGUGAACAACAACAACAACAACAACAGGCUGUUGCCCGCGUGUCCAUGUGGAUGCACCGCGGCGCGUGCCCGCACCUGGUUGAGUCGACGGCGCUGUUGACGGCCGCGCUGUUGAGCGAUGACGAGGGUGAAAGUGGCUCGGCCCAGGCCUCUAGGGGGUAUGCUGUGCGCGCGGCAUACUCGGCUGCGUUUAGUCGGUUCGUGACUGGGCUGCUCGACUCGCACCAGGACAAGCAGCGCAAAAUGUCCAUGUACGACGUGGCCAAGUCGGUUGGGCUCCCCGCGACGUUUGUCGAGCUCCGGCACCAGGCAACGCAUGAGCAGCUGCCGUCCUUGACCAGGCUGCGCGCGGCGGCGAGGAAGGCGCUUGAUUGGAUUUGGGACUACUACUGGAAACACUUGACACUGCCCCCGGCUGAAGGGGAUAUCCGUGGUGGCGGUGACACUGCCGGUAGCGAGCAUGACAAGGAGGAGCGCAGGUGCCGAGAGGUGGUGAUGAGGUACCUGGAGGCGGGGGAGGCGGAUUCGGGUUUAGAGGAGGAGAUUAUGAGUUUCGACGAGGCAGUCGUCUUGACGACGCUAGGGUCUAUCUCAGAGACUACGAGGGAUACCUCGCUCCUGCGUCGGGCUUUGGCCUUUUCGAGAGCAAUUAUGGAGCGAGGACGGGAUCCGGAUAGAAUGGAUGACGAUGAAGUUUCGGCAGAUGAGAGGCUUCCCAAAGAUAUUGAGAGGGUCAGGGCAGAGUUGGGCAAAGCCUGGGAGGAAAUGAGAGAAAUGGAAGAGGCAGCGAAAGGACCAGACCUGAUGGAAGCGGUCGACUCGGAGGUCGAAAUGGCCGAGGAUACCCCCGGCUGGACCCUGUAUGAGGAGGAAACCUGGACACCUAAGCCUAUUGGAGUCGUAUAA